AUCCCAGCAGGCCACAAUAACCGAAACAUACAUUGGGGGUAAAGCGCGGAUUCAGAAAAACAGUUUUGAGAAGGAAGUUAACAUUUUAGUGCUGUUUAACUAUAUGCAUAACGGAUUACUUACGUUUCAGAUCUCUGUAAAGGUGUAUUAAGCGUGUGAGUUUAAAUAAGUAGUAUGUUGUUUUUAUUUUCUUUCACGUUACCAUGAUUUCUUAGCAACAGUGUUAGUCACACUGGCCUCCACGCGGGCGUUCUUAUCUUUCAAAGCUAGCUAGCUAGUUGCUAGCUGACAGCUAGCGAACAGUCUGUUAGAUAACGUUUGAUUAACUAGAAACGUGGUUGUUUGUUGCUGUUAAAAUAUGUCAGGCUUUAAUUUCGGAUCCGGGGCUAUUGGUUCCACCAACACUGGCGGAGGGUUUUCGUUUGGAGCCGCUGCCAGGUAAGAAUUGCACGGCUGACGUACGUUAACUUUAUCUCGCGGAUAUGUCGAUACAGUGCGGUUUACCCAGGAUGUAUUGUAGCCAACUAACUAACUAGCUAUCUAAAUAUCGAUGUAGAAGUAAUCAUGCAAACAGCUCUAUGGUGUAAGUGUGUCAAACUGCUAAUAUAUUAUGGGUGUGUCAACUACUUGUUGUGUUUCUCGUGGGUGUGAGGCAGGGAGAGAAAGAAAGAAGUGUGUAAUUGUUUAUAAUCAAUGUGGGUUUUAGACUUCGGGCUUACCAUUUCUAUGUCAUAGCUAGUUACUGUUCGUAUUCAACAGAUAUACAUUGUAAUUGUGACAGUGGCAUACGUCUGUAAAUAUGGUGAGGCAUACUGCAAAGUCAUGUAAUGUUUUGUACUUCUCUAUCUCCCCCUCUCUUUCUCUCACUCCUUUCUCUAGUACCCCAGCUGCAGCAGGUACAGGUGGGUUUACUCUGAGUGGAGCUCUGGGCACUACAGCCCCAGCCACCACCACCACCACCUCUUCUCUGGGGCUGGGGGGGUCCCUGUUCUCACAGAAACCUACUGGGGGGUUCUCCUUUAACACUCCUGCCUCAGGUAGGUACACACGUUUUCAACAUUGCCUGUCGGUCUCUCUCCCUCUGCAGACCUGCCUCAUGCUUGUUGUUUCCUACCCCGAAGCACAAAUAAAUAUACAGACACCACAUAGAUUUAGGUGUAGGUGAUUAUUGUAGUUAUGGAGUUGUGUUCUUGUUUUGCUACAGGAGCUGUUGUACCCACCCAAGGCCUUACAUUAGGUGAGCUUUCCAUCAAUGUAGCUACACAUCAGUCAAGACUUCCACUGCUACCAUUGGCUCAUCCCAAUCUGAGCCUUCACAUGACGAUACAAUAGUGCCAGUCUUGGCAGAUUAAUUUAUUGUUAAUGUCUGUGGGUGAAGAUGUCAUAUGGUUGAGUCUAGCUUUAACCCUGCUCUACCUGCUGUCUCUCCCAGGUGCCCCAGCAGCCUCUACAGCCCCCACCACGGGCUUCAGUAUGGCCUUCAAUAAACCCUCUGCCUCGGCCCAACCCUUCUCCCUCACUGCAGCCUCCUCAGCCCCCACAGGGGCAGGACUGACACUAGGCUCCGUCCUCACCUCCACCGCGCCACAGCAAGGAGCCUCAGGAUUCUCUCUCAACCUAGGGGGUGUGGCUGCAAGUACAGCCCCAUCCACAGGUCUAUCGCUGGGUUCCAGUAUGUUCUCUAACAUGGCUACUACUGGUUAGUUAACUACACAUCUCUCUCUGUUCUCUAGCAUGGCUCCUACUGGUUAGUUAAUUACAUACAUCUCUCUCUCUGGGUCUCUCAUCAUACCUCUAUCUUUUUCAAUUUCUAGCUCUUAUCUCUGUCUUUUCACUACAAUCCUUAUUUGGAGGUAGUGAAUGAUCCGUCUCUGCUCUUUCUUACACUGUUGGAUAGUGUGUGUGUGUGUGUGUGUGUGUGUGAGUGAGUGAGUGACUAACAUCUUUUUGAUUAUGUGUUGAUCUUAGGUCUGGGCCAGUCCACUCUUGGAGGACUGGGGUUUGCGUUAGGUUUGUAUGGGUGUCAGACUAACAUUUGCAUGGUUGUGUGUGUUUGUGGGUGUCAGUGUGUUUGUGUUAAUGCUUGUAUGUUUUCAGGUUUGGGCCAGACCACUCUUGGAUCAGGGGGGUUGACGUUGGGUUCCCUGGUCUCUACCUCCGCGGCGGUCUCAGCGGCCCCCAGCCUUGGACUGGGUGGAGUCGACUUCAGCACCUCCUCAGAGAAGAAAAGCGACAAAUCAUCAGGGGCCAGCCCACAGUGAGUCCCACUGACUGACAACCGUCUGGACCAAUGAGAGUCCACAGUGUCAUUUCUUGACCAACCAUUGUUUGUUAUGAUCAUCAUAAUAGGUCAUACACUUCCGGUCAAACGUUUUAGAUCACCUACUCAUUGAAGGGUUUUUCUUUAUUUGUACUAUUUUGUACAUUGUAGAAUAAUAGUGAAGACAUCAAAACUAUGAAAUAACACAUUUGGAAUCAUGUAGUAACCAAAAAAGUGUUAAACAAAUCAAAAUAUAUUUGAGAUUCUUCAAAUAGCUACCCUUUGCCUUGAUGACAGCUUUGCACACUCUUGGCAUUCUCUCAACCAGCUUCACCUGGAAUGCUUUUCCAACAGUCUUGAAGGAGUUCCCACAUAUGCUGAGCACUUGUUGGCUGCUUUUCCUUAACUCUGCGUUCCGACUCAUCCCAAACCAUCUCAAUUUGGUGGAGGCCAGGUCAUCUGAUGCAGCACUCCAUCCCUGUGCUUCUUGGUAAAAUAGCCCUUACACCGCCGGGAAGUGUGUUGAGUCAUUGUCCUGUUGAAAAACAAAUGAUAGUCCCACUAAGCCCAAACCAGAUGGGAUGGCGUAUCGCUGCAGAAUGCUGUGGUAGCCAUGCUGGUUAAGUGUGCCUUGAAUUCUAAAUAAAUCACAGACAGUGUCACCAGCAAAGCACCCCCACACCAUAAUACCUCCUCCUCCAUGCUUUAUGGUGGGAAAUAUUCAUGCAGAGAUCAUCCGUUCACCCACACCGCGUCUCACAAAGACACAGCAGUUGGAACAAAACAUCUCAAAUUUGGACUCUAGACCAACGGACAAAUUUCCACUGAGGCUGGUAACUCUAAUGAACUUAUCCUCUGCAGCAGAGGUAACUCUGGGUCUUCCAUUCCUGUGGCGGUCCUCAUGAGAGCCAGUUUCAUCAUAGCGCUUGAUGAUUUUUGCGACUGCACUUGAAGAAACUUUCGAAGUUCUUGAAAUUGUCCAUGUUGACUGACCUGCAUGUCUUAAAGUAAUAAUACUGUCGUUUCAAUUUGCUUAUUUGAGUUGUUCUUGCCAUUAUAUGGACUUGGUCUUUUACCAAAUAGGGCUAUCUUCUGUAUACCCCCCCUACCUUGUCACAACACAACUGAUUGGCUCAAAUGAAUUAAGAAGGAAAUUAAUUCCACAAAUUAACUUUUAACAAGGCACACCUGUUAAUUGAAAUGCAUUCCAGGUGACUACCUCAUGAAGCUGGUUUAGAGAAUGCCAAGAGUGUGCAAAGCUGUCAUCAAGGCAAAGGGUGGCUAUUUGAAGAAUCUCGAAUAUAAAAUAUAUUUUGAUUUGUUGAACACUUUUUUUGGUUACUACAUGAUUCCAUAUGUGUUAUUUCAUAGUUUUGAUGUCUUCACUAUUAUUCUACAAUGUAGAAAAUAGUACAAAUAAAGAAAAACCCUUGAAUGAGUAGGUGUUCUAAAACGUUUGACCGGUAGUGUAUAUCUGACUCUUGUCCCUGUUUAUUUUUCUUUCCUCUCACUCUCAGGGACAGUAAAGCUUUGAAAGAUGAACAUUUGCCUCCAGUCAUCUGUCAGGAUGUAGACAACUUCCAGUACGUAAAGCAGUACUUUUCUUCAACUACACCCCAUGUUAGUGUGUGUGUGUGGCUAUAACAGUACUGUUUGCACAUCUUUGGUCAUGAAGAUGCAUUGCGUUGAUGUGUGAAUUCUCCGUCCUGUAGGAAGUUUGUGAAGGAGCAAAAGCAAGUUCACGAGGAGAUCAGCAGGAUGUCUUCUAAAGCCAUGCUGAAGGUUCAGGAUGACAUCAAGAGUCUCAAACAGCUGCUGUCUGUCAGCGCCUCGGGACUACAGAGAAACGCCCUGGCUAUAGACAAACUGAAGAUGGAGACCGCACAGGUACACACUCACACUGAUGUCACACUGUCUUUUGAGGAAUUAAGGCUCAACAUACACAUGCCCUUACUGUUGCUGGACAUCAUAGUCCCUCUCUCUCUCUUUCCCUCCUCGUCUAGGAGUUGAAGAAUGCAGACAUAGCUCUGCGGACUCAGAAGACUCCCCCUGGACUCCAACACGACAACACAGCUCCCUAUGAGUGAGUGCUCCCAUCACCAUCAUUGUUAUAUCCCCCUGAACUUACACUACAUGACCAAAAGUAUGUGGACACCUGCUCGUCGAUUAUCUCAUUCAUAAUUCAUGGGCAUUAAUAUAGAGUUGGUCCCCCCUUUGCUGCUAUAUCAGCCUCCACUCUUCUGGGAAGGCUUUCCACUAGAUGUUGGAACAUUGCUGCGGGGACUUGCUUCCAUUCAGCCACAAGAGCAUUAGUGAGGUCGGGCACUGAUGUUGGCGAUUAGGCCUGGCUCACAGUCGGCGUUCCAAUUCAUCCCAAAGGUGUUCGAUGGGGUUGAGGUCAGGGCUCUGUGCAGGCCAGACAAGUUCUUCCACACCGAUCUCGACAAACCAUUUCUGUAUGGACCUCGCUUUGUGCACGGGAGCAUUGUCAUGCUGAAACAGGAAAGGGCCUUCCCCAAACUGUUGCCACAAAGUUGGAAGCAUAGAAUCGUCUAUAAUGUCAUUGUAUGCUGUAGCGUUAAGAUUUCCCUUCACUGGAACUAAGGGGCCUAGCCCGAACCAUGAAAAACAGCCCAAACCAUUUUUCCUCCUCCGCCAAACUUUACAGUUGGCACUAGUUAUUGGGGCAGGUAGCGUUCUCCUGGCUUCCGACAAACCCAGAUUCGUCCGUUGGACUGCCAGAUAGUGAAGCGUGAUUCAUCACUCCAGAGAACACGUUUCCACUGCUCCAGAGUCCAAUGGCGGCGAGCUUUACACCACUCCAGCCGACGCUUGGCAUUGCGCAUGGUGAUCUUAGGCUUGUGUGCGGCUGGUCGGCCAUGGAAACCCUUUACAUUAAGCUCCCGAUGAACAGUUAUUGUGCUGACAUUGCUUUCAGAGGCAGUUUGGAACUCGGUAGUGAGUGUUGCAACCGACGACAGACAAUGUUUACGCGCUUCAGCAGUCGGCGGUCCCGUUCUGAGCUUUUGUGGCCUACCACUUCGCGGCUGAGCCGUUGACGUUUCCACUUCACAAUAACAGCACUUACAGUUGACGGGCAGCUCUAGCAGGGCAGAAAUUUGACUAACUGACUUGUUGGAAAGGUGGCAUCCUAUGACGGUGUCACGUUGAAAGUCACUGAGCUCUUCAGUAAGGCCAUUCUAGUGCCAAUGUUUUGUCUAUGGAGAUUGCAUGGCUGUGUGCUCGAGUUAAUACACCUGUCAGCAAUGGGUGUGGCUGAAAUAGCUGAAUCCACUAAUUUGAAGGGUUUUACACAUACUUUUGUGUAAAUAUAUCGUUUACCAUACCCCUUUUUGCUUUUGGAACGACAUAGAUUGUACUGCAUUUUACCCGCAAUAAGUUGAAUCCUGUCUGUCUCUUUCUCUCUGUCUGUGUAGUUAUUUCCGGUGUUUAGUGGAACAGUUUGAGGUCCAGCUGCAGCAGUACAGACAGCAGAUAGAGGAACUGGAGAAUCACCUCACUACACAGGGCAGUGGAUCACACAUCACACCACAGGGUAACAUGCAUAGAAUACAUGCAUACAUACACACAGACUCAUGACUUUCUUCAUACUCUUUAUGUAUGUGUUUCUGUGUCUCACUCGAUAUUGUGUGUGUAGAUCUUUCACUGGCCAUGCAGAAGUUGUACCAGACGUUUGUGGCUCUGGCUGCUCAGCUCCAGUCAGUACACGAGAACGUCAAGGUAAUUCCUACAGACAUCACUGUUGACUGUUCUAUGACAAAUCACCUUGUUACAAGAAAUAAAGAUUGAGUGUUUUGAAUGAAGUGAUUAAGGUUCUUCCUCUGGGUAUCUGUAGACCCUGAAGCAGCAGUACCUGGGGUACCGCCGGGCCUUCCUGGAGGACUCCACGGACGUCUUCGAGUCCAAGAGGGUGGCCAGUAAGACGUGGCAGAGCGCCCCACGCAUCACCACCGGCCCCGCCCCCUUCAGCAGCGUCCCCAAUGCGGCGGCGGUCGCCAUGGCAGCCACGCUGAGCCAGCAGCAGCAGCCCGGCCCAGGUCUGACCUCCGCCUUCAAGUUCUAGAACCCUGACCCCCUCACCUUUUGACCUUUCACCUUACCACCCCUCAGUCUGAGAGAGGAAGGGGGGAGGAGAGAUACUGAGAUGUAGGGGGAGAGAAGGAAAGAGGGACAGAAUAAAAAUGUAGCCAGUGACAAACUUUUUGUUUAGUUUGUCUUUUCUUUCGCCGGAAAGAGGGAGAGAAAUGGAGGGAAGGAGAAAGAGGAGAUUGUAAAAGCAACAUAGUAAGUUCCAAACCGUGUUCAGUUUCUUUCUCCAGUGGUUCUGCUUGAUACGUGUGAGAAGACCCUUUCCUCACGGGCAUUGGACCCAAAGCAAUCUUUCUGAGGCAGUGUUGGAAAUGCCUGUUCAUGAACCUAGCAGGGGCCAUUACUCAGCUCUAUGCUUUUCUCCUCAUCUCUCCCUCUCUCCACCCCUCCUCUCUUCCCCCUCCCCUCCUCUCUUCCCCCUCCUCUCUCUUCUCCUCUCUCUCUCUCUCUCCCCCGCCAUAAGAGAAGCACUUCCUCUAGUGGGAAAAAUAAUGGAUGGGACCUAAGAUUAAUGAAAAGGUGUAGAGUGCUCAGAUCACUGGAGAUGAAACUGGAAAGCAGGACUCGUAUCUCUGGGUAUUCAUUCACAGCUCUCAAAUCUGUCCCAGACAGACUCUAGACUAAAAUUAUUUGAAUGCCAGGAGGCUGCAUUCUCUUUGGGUUCAGUCUCUUAAUUUAUAUUGAAUGGGUUCUUGAAUAUCUAUAUUUAAUGAAGGUGCUUUUUUGUGAAGCUGAACUGCUUUGAUUUUAUUGAGAAUAAAAUAUCUUAGGUAGUUAGUCUGGAGAUUAGGACGCAAGUGUCCAAAUCGGUUUAGUUCGGAAAUUGGGUCUCAACCUUUUUUUAAAUUAGGAAUUUCCUGUACAAACUGGUUUAGAUUAGGGCACAGUUGUGUCUGUGUGUUUUUAUAAAGCAGUAAUGUAGCUUUCACUGUGUGGUAGCAGUCUUGAUAAGCACUUAAAUCACACUCACUCACACGCACACACCAGCCUUAGACCACCUGAUCUCCAUUCCCAACUAGGUUGUAUGUAAUGAAUCAUCAUCUGUAUUUUUUCUCAGCAUCUGUCAUUUUGUCUUUGAUUGACAUGCUUCAGCUAUAUUUCAGGAUUACAUUUAAAAAGUUGACUAUCUGACAGUGUAUAGCCUAGUGUUUAAAGACGAUAUUGUCAUUUACUGUGCAGGUCAUAGAUCAAAAGGGUGUUUUGUGUUUUAAUUUCAGUGAAAGAUCGUUGAAGAUAUGCAUUCCUUUUUGUAACCACGGCAGCGUCUUUAGUUGUAAUAGCAAUAACAGCAGGCUCUGGUUGCUGAAGUGGCCAGGUGUGCAUGUGUCUGUCUGUGUAUUUGCAUUGUAGACAGGACAUUGACUGCCUCAGCCGGUAAUGAUCAUUGUACAGUAAUCUAAACACACACAGACAAGACACCCACUUCUACUUGACAGUCCAUAUCACUUUGAAUCCAUCACUAUGCAUUCUACAAUAACCUUUUGACUAAGAUAAUGAUUGUGAUUUAUCAGUAUUUCCUACACACACUACUUAACACUGGCGGGUGGUCUACCAUGCAGGUUUACCUCAUUCCAGGAUAUAGAUGCCAGAGGGGCUGAUGUAAGACAGAACAGUCUGUCUGUAAGACGGAACCUAGUUCUCUUUAGUUUCAUAAUCCAUUCUAUUUAAUAGAAGGGAUACGGUGUUACAUCACUCACUAGUUUAGCAGGGGAGAGAUGGAGUGAACUUGCUGCUUGUAUCGACUGCCUUGGGAAGGCCAGUUGGAUCAUUAGUGCCAAAAAUCAGUAUUUUUCUCUAUUCCGAGUCGGCCAUUUUGUGCUCCAAUAUUAACCAACUGCUGCUCUGGACUGACCCGUCUGUCCGCCAUCUCACUCUAACAUUCCGGAACCACUCUGAAACUUUGAUUGUUCUAGAAUGAGUAGCUAAGUAGUUGUGGAACUGGAACACAGAUUAGUUCUGGAACUCUGUGAUUGGUUCUGGAACUCGUGGUCUGCUCUAGAUAGCAGACUCCUGUUAGUGUGACAGGGCUGGCUAACAGGACUAUGAUGAAUGUCUUGGGGCUUUAAGAGGGGUUCUAUGAGGUCAGAAGACUGCUAGUAGAAGACUAGUUGUGGUUGGAGUGACUGGCUGAGAGACUGUCCGUCCACUCAGACAGUGUUCAGACUCAGAGGAAUAGCUAGAUGGAGCCAGCGAUGUGCUGGGAUGUAUGUAGAACACUGGUAUUGGCUGGGAAAUGUAUUUUCCCUACUGGAUCAAACACAGAUGCCAAUUCUGUGGCCUGUUCAGGAGGGUGUGACGUUACAGAACGUUCAGAUAGAAAUGUGUUGCGUAAAACAGAUGUGAUUGUCUGUCAUGUAGAAUAGGGAAUCAUAUCAGCUCUAUUCAUUACAUUUCUAUCUCUAACGUACAGAACGUGUCACAUCCCUGAACACUGAUUCAGAGUGCUUUUGUUUAGAACAGCGUGUUUAAUCUAAAUAUAACCAAUGCUUGUUGUUGACGAUUAUGCAUAUAUCUGAUACUAUAUAAUAUUGUGUGCCUUUGAAACUAGACAUAUAUUAAUAGUAAUAAUUUUGCGAUGCAUUUUUUCUGGCACAUGCUAGUUCCUUCACUCUUGGAAUCUUGAAUAGUUUUGGAAAACUUGUGAAAUGCAAUAUAGCCGCUAGGAAUUAACAAUCGGUUGUGUCCUUUAACUGUGUCUGUUUUAUGGAAGUGGAAUUGCUUUAAAUUGACAAUAAAUGCGUUUUUAAAGGAGCAACCUUGUCUUUGUUUGUUUCUUUUUGAGUGGUAAAUUACUGAUUUUUUUUUUUUGAACACCCAAUUGGAUUUAAGAGAAUUAACGAUUACAAUUUGGAUAAAGCUACAAACCUAGCUGAGUUUGCAUCUCUAGAAUCCAAUUUGAGAAACGAUACAGGUGCACUGAGGUUCUGAGUGAAGGAACUAGUAGACAUGUUUCUACCACAGUAACAUUUAUUUGACCAUUUUAUCUGUGAAAAUCAAUCCACAGUCGCUUAUGUAUUUGUGGAAAUGUGUAGUGAUUAUCUCAAGGGGAACAACUUCGAUGUGGCAGUAAGGUUAGUGUUGGGGUGAGACAGGUUGUGCUUAGAAGACUAGUGUAGUCUGGUGGAAUGUUAUAUAGAACCACUGAUCCACAGGGUCCUGAGAUGUUGCUCUAUUCACACACGCAGCCUAUAUCACCACUGAACGUUGCAGAGGAGAGGGGGAACUUGACUUCAGUAACACACACAAACAGACACUCCCUAGUCCAGAGGAGUAAGCUGUGUGCUCUCUCUGUCUCAGGGAGCCAGGCGUCCCUGGGGUCUGGCUUGGGAAACCCCUUUGCCUUGGGAGUGGGGUCUAGCUUGGGCACCUCAGGCCUCGGAGGUACAACCUCUCUCUUUUUACAUCUAGUCUUCUCUUUCUCUUCCCCAUCCAUCUCUACUAUGGAUCUUUCUCACUGUCUCUGUUGAUCUCACUCUACCUCCCAUUUCUCCCCCUCCUUGUGUGUGUGGAAGACUGGUGGGCAGUGUAAGGAAUGUAUGUGGUGUGAGUUAAGCUCUUCACUAUCUAGGGCAGAAACAGUCUGCCUGUAGCUGUGGUAUGGCGUGGGUGUCUAUGCUUUACUCUCUUCAUUGGAUACAGUCCACUUUCAGUAUACCAUGUUUGUGAGUGAGUCAUUACAGAGGCUUAGCUACUGUGCUUUCUCUGACUCUUGCAGUAGCUGUGUGUGUGUCCAUGAAGCUAAGCUCCCUCCUCUCUCUCUCGUAGUAGCAGCAUAGUGUGUGUGUGUGUGUGUGUGUGUGUGUGUGUUACUAAAGCUUGGCUCCCUCAAUCUCUCUCUCCUGCAGUGUUUGGUGGGGGUCCAGGUUUCGGGGGGGUAGCGACGGGGGGCUCCUCAUUUGGUUUCUCUUCUGCCAGCAAGCCCUCGGGAGGGAGCCUGAGUGCAGGUACACUCACACACACACACACACACCUUACCUCCUUGUGCAAGCUCUCUGGAGGGCGUUUUAUCAGACACACGCACACUCCCUGUGAGCAGACUCACACACACUCCCUGUGAGCAGACUCACACACACUCCCUGUGAGCAGACACAUUAUGUUAAUAACUCAUGUUCUCUUUCUUCUGUUCCUCCUAUCUUCCUCUCUCCAGGUUUUGGUAGCAGCAGUAGUUCAGGGUUUAACUUCAGUAACCCCGGCCUCAACGCGUCUGCAGGCCUGACGUUUGGCGUGUCCAACCCUCCCGCAACAGGCUUCGGCACGGGAGGUCCACUGCUGCAGCUCAAGAAGCCCCCGGUGGGAAACAAGAGGGGCAAGAGAUAG